GGGACCACUCCGGGGUGAGAGUGCCCGGAGGAUCGCCAAGGACCAUCCUGGAAGCUGCCUGUGACAUCGCUUAUUGUGUUCAACUCCACAACUGUCGCGAUGGGCUGUGGACUGAACAAGCUGGAGAAACGGGACGAGAAGCGGCCUGGGAACAUCUACUCGACCUUGAAGAGGCCGCAGGUGGAGACCAAGAUCGACGUGGCCUAUGAGUACCGCUUCCUGGAGUUCACCACACUCAGCGCCUCGGCGCUACCGAAGUCCUCGGCCGUGAGGCUGGCCUCCCUGCGCGACCUGCCGGCCCAGCUCCUGGGGCUGUACGAGCAGGGCUUCUCGCUGGCCGCCCUGCACCCCUUCGUGCAGCCCACCCACGGGCUGGAGAACACGCCCCUGGAGCACAUCUUCAGGGCCAUCCUGAUCAAGAGAACCGACAGAUCUCAGAAGAGUGAUGUUCACAACGAAGGCUACGUCCUGGAAUUAGACUGCUGCUCUUCCUUGGACCACCUGUCAGACCAAAAAAUCAUCCCGGAGUUCAUUAAGAAGGUACAGGAGGCCGCCAGCCAGGGCCUGAAGUUCGUCGGUGUUAUACCUCAGUACCAUGCCUCUCCGAGCCCUGCAGGCGGGAGCCCCACCACGCCCACCGCGCCCACUGCCCACAGCUCAGCUGGUGCCGGAGAUGCCAAGAGCGCACGUGGGACUCGUACGUCCUUGGAGCAGGAGAGCCCCGGGGCUCCCGUGGGGAGGGAUCAGAGCCUGGAGCCUGGCGGAGGCCCAGCCGAGCAGCUCUCCCCAGCGGAGGGAGUGAGCCAGGCCCGGGAUGCACCGGACGACGACCUGUCAGAGGUGCCUGCGGAACCAGCCCCGGGGAGGAUGGAGAUCUUCGCCCUUUUCAACAAGCCCCAGAGCCAUCGGCCGUGCCGGCAGUACUACCCCAUCACCAUCCCUCUGCGCGUCUCCAGGAACGGCCAGACCGUGAGCAGCUUGGACGCCAACUGGUUGGAGCACAUGAGCAGCCACUUCCGGAAGGGGGGCGCGCUGGUGAACGCCGUGUUCUAUCUGGGAGCCGGGACCGGUUCCUUGCACGGCCUGACAGAGGGAGUGUUCAUCUUUGAAGCUGUUUCCACGGAAGACAGCAAGACCGUACAGGGCUACGACGCUAUUGUUGUCGAACAGUGGACGGUCCUGGAAGGCGUCGAGGUGCAGACGGACUACGUGCCCCUGCUGAACUCGCUGGCGGCCUACGGCUGGCAGCUCACCUGUGUGCUGCCGACGCCCGUCCUCAAGACCACCAGGGAGGGCAGUGUGUCCACCAAGCAGAUCGUCUUUCUCCAGAGGCCCUGUCUACCUCAGAAAAUCAAGAAGAAGGAGUCAAAGUUCCAGUGGCGAUUCUCCCGAGACGAAGGGCAUGGCCGACAGCUGCGGAGGUCCAAAGGGAGACUGGGAAGCAAGGACAAACGGCAGGCGGGAGAAACCGACAAGACGGCCGAAGAUCCGUUUUCCAAAGCCGGAGACGCGGCAAACUGCGUGGCGGGCCCGCAGCAGGACGAGCGCGCGCCUGAGCAGAUGCGGGUCCCCGGCCAAGAGGUGGAGGGAGGCAGGCUGCCCGCUGCGGGCCGGCCGGGGCCAGGGGAGGCCGUGCAGAAUGGCCCCGCUGGCCACAGCAGGGCCUCGGUGGGCGGCUGCGCUGGGCACCCUGAUGCAGGUGCUGAGGUGGCCGCCACAGGGCCCGCGAUGGCGGAAGAACAUUGAGUGCGGGGCAUCUCUGCUGCAGCCGGCCCAGCUGCCCCAGCUGGCCCACGGCCGGUGUAGCUGUGUGCCCUGGCGUGCUGUUACCCUGUGGCUUGGCCCGGCCCCUCCUGGGAGCUCGCCCGGCCCGCCAGGGCUGCGACCCUGACAGUGCUGGUCUCUGCGCAUCCGUUCAGAAAGUGUCUUAACAGCCCGCGUGGCGGCGCAAGAGGUCAGCUGGUUUGUUCCCCACCCGGGCUCCUCCCGCGGGAGGGUCUGGACCACCCAGUGCCUGUGUGUCCCCCACAGGGCCAAGUCCGUGCACAUCCCUGGCUACAGAGCAAGGCUGCCCCCCCAUCCUGCGGGGGGGGGGCGUGCCCGUCCCCUGCUGCUUCCCACAGCUACCUGGUGACUUUUAAGCACCCCUGGAGCCUCGAACCCCCUCAGGCCCCGCUGCUUUGCCGAAGGACAUGACGCUGGGGAGAGGAGGCGCCCAGCCUCCCGGCUUUUCUCGAAGUAGUCCUGUAGAUACUGGUGAUGUGCAGAUGAAGAGGUAAUUGUGUGUGCACCUGCUCCUGCAGGGCGAUCGGGAGAGUAUUCUGUGUAUUAAUGCCAAAAACAUUUUUAAAGGUUUUGUAUUCAGCGCACCCUAGGAACACAAUUUCAGGGCAUCCAGCCGGGGUGCCUGCCUGUGCUAUUUUAAUCGGUGUAUCGUUGGCCAAGUUGUUCCCCACGUAACCGUGUCUGUCACGUGUUGAUAUUGUCCAGAGAGUACCGUGAAGGCUUUGAGUAGACGCAUCUGGCGCACCCUGGGGAGAACGCCUGUUUGUCUUGACUAAAACAACAUCCUGUUUCUUCUCCUUCUUGUUUAGUUACUUAAAGCAAUAAAUCAUC